GGAAAUGAAGAUCUUGACAAAAAUAAGAGUUCUGAAAUCCCGGUGUUCUUCGACCGCAAAAAGGCUAGACAUGCUCAACCUUUGGAUCUUAUCACGGAAAUUGACUUGUCACCUUCGAGAUCCUUCCUGACCGACUCGGAACCGUCUCAGAUUCGAGAAAGAAUGUCGAGGGUCAAGUGA